GGACAGUCAAAAUGGCAUCGGCAGUGCGGUAUCGUCUGCUUACUUCCUCAUGGUUACGAAGGAAUGGGACCUGAACAUAGUUCCGGCCGUCUCGAGCGCUACCUUCAGCUCUGCAACGACGAUGAAGAAAAGAUGACGCCAGUGGGACCCACGUUUGAAGCACAACAGCUUUACGACACGAACAUGAUCGUCGCCAACUGCACGAAACCAGCUAGUCUAUUCCACAUCCUACGAAGACAAAUCAAGAUGCCGUUCCGAAAACCGUUGAUCGUGAUGACUCCGAAAAGCCUUCUUCGUCACCCAGACGCUCGUUCUCCACUUUCUGACUACGCGGAAGGCACUUCCUUCCAACGAGUACUUCCUGAAACCGGUGUCGCCUCUAAAAAUCCUUCGGCAGUGAAGCGACUGAUCUUCUGCUCAGGCAAAGUCUACUACGAUUUGGUUAAGGAACGCGCUACGCUGAAAGAGGAUGAUCAAGUUGCCAUCGCUCGCUUGGAACAGAUCUGUCCGUUCCCAUAUGAUUUGGUUCAGAAGGAAACGGCGAAGUAUCCGAAUGCCGAGCUCGUAUGGGCACAGGAAGAACAUAAAAAUAUGGGAGCUUGGUUGUAUGUGCACCCGCGUAUAUCGACUCUACUGAAAAAUGACCGCAACGUCAGGUAUGCCGGACGCUCCCCAUCCGCUUCGCCAGCCACCGGAAACAAAUUCCAGCACAUGACAGAACAAAGAAAGCUGAUGGUGGACGCGCUUUCUUUCAACUAG